ACGAAGUUCCAAGCAGACGACGGGACGGGUUAAUGUUCACAAUCCGACAUCCGACGGGACGACCAGUUGUGUUUUGUACGUCGCGUCGGAAAUACACAAGCACAGGACGGGACGGGCCACGAGGCAUAGAUCUGAAAAUGGCAUCCGGAGUGCAUGCUGCUUUGAGAGCCACGCAGCGUAUUGGCAGAGUUUUCCAGUUCAGCAAGUGCCUAACCAACAGCACGAGGAGUAGAACCGGGGACUUAGAUGUGUGUCAAGCGAGAUUAUUUAGCACAACACAUUUAAACUAUGGGCGAAAAUAUACUGAUAAGCACGAGUGGCUUGAAAUGGAUGGUAAAGUUGGCACGGUUGGAAUUUCUCACUAUGCUCAGGAUGCCUUGGGUGAUGUUGUUUACGCUCAGCUUCCAGAUGUUGGUCAAGAUGUAACACAAAAAGAGGAAUGCGGAGCCUUGGAAAGUGUUAAAGCUGCUUCAGAAUUAUACAGUCCAGUAACAGGAAAGGUUGUGGAAAAGAAUACUGCAGUUGAAGACAAACCCGGUCUUAUUAACAUGUCCUGUUAUGAGAAAGGUUGGUUAUUUAAGGUCGAGUUAAGUAAGCCACAGGAGGUAGAUGAGCUCAUGGAUGAAGAUCAGUAUCAACAAUUCCUCAAGAAUCAUGAAUAGUGUUUGGAGAAGCUUCAAUAGAUUACUGAUGGAAACAGUGGUGCUGAAACUUUCCUUCAGGCUUCUAGAAGAGCAGAUUGCACUAAUAUGUGGCAUUGUAAAUAUGAAACAACCAUCUGAAUAGAGGGGAAAAAGAAAAUCAAUUUGAUUGUAUCAGUGGGUUUCCUCAUCUGGGAGAAGCUCACUUUUAAACUAGUCAUAUUAUUUAACUCAUUGUAUGAAGAAUAUCAGGACUUAGUGAUUAAAAUGAAAGGUUUCUAUAUUCUUAA